CGUGACGUCAGAUGCAGCGGAAACAGGUAUGAGGGACAGAAAGUGCCAGAAACAGGCAGAGAAACAGGUCUAAACAUGAUAUUUGAGAGUUUUAGUGAAACCAAGCAGCUGUCAGACUGAACGUCGAGCAUGACGGGACGGAUUUAAAGACCGUCUGAUGAGUUUACGAGACUGUUUGUCGUGUUUUAAUCAUUGCGUAGCUGAAGCAGAUUAGCUUUCAUGCUAAUGUGAGAUAAUCAUAUGUUCUAGAAAUACAAGGAUUUGCUUUACGAAUGAUAAGAAUUGAAUUGUACUCGCCGUAAUGAGGUUUAAAUAUAAUACAUAACGAUAUAUUGCCUUUUUGAGUUUGUUUAGAGUUUCUUGUUUGUAGACAAAUAAAGGACACGUAGAUACAACACACCAGAGCAGUGACAGAUUUUCUGUUCGGGCUCUUAAAACAGAUCCCGAUAUUUAUGUGUAUGUAAGAGAAGUUUAAAUGUGAUUGUGAAGGACUUGUUGUCAUCUAUAAAAGGACACCUGAUUUCUUCUGCACUGGGAUUGGUAGAACAGAUUCCGUCAACAACAUCCAGAGGAGGAAAACUGCUUUCGUUUGGACAAUUAACCCUGUAAAGUCGAAGCUGAGAAGCAGUCAGGAUGCCUCUGCUGUUUCUGGAGCGCUUCCCCUGGCCCAGUUUACAGACAUACACCGCCCUGAGCACAGUUCUGCUGGCCGGGACCAUAUUAAGUGCCUACACCACAGUCAGAGACUCAAAGUACUCAUCUGCACUGACAGAAGACGCGCACAGCACGUCUGAUGAGGAAAUCAAGCUGGAUCAGCUGGACAACUUUGGGAAUGUAGCCACUAAUGUGCUGCUGUAUCUCAUCACCGACAGUCUCUUCGUCUGGGUGAUGGUGAACACGGCAUGCUGCAUCCUCAUGUUAAUCGCUAAAGUGAUCCAGUGCAUUGUGUUUGGACCGCUGAGAGUCAGCGAGAAGCAGCAUCUGAAAGACAAGUUCUGGAACUUCAUCUUCUACAAGUUCAUCUUCAUCUUUGGCGUGUUGAAUGUGCAGCGGGUGGAGGAGGUGGUGCUGUGGUGUUUGUGGUUCUCCAUUCUCAUCUUCCUUCAUCUGAUGGUGCAGCUCUGCAAAGACCGCUUUGAAUAUCUCUCGUUUUCUCCCACUACUCCGAUGAGCAGUCAUGUGCGAGUGUUGGCUCUGCUGGUGUCUGUUUUGACGUGCUGUGGAGGUCGCGUGCUCUGCGCCCUCGUCGGGCACCUUCACGGCAUGCACACUGUCGCUUUCAUGGCAGCUGAGUGUUUGCUGGUGACUGUACGCACAGGACAUGUCAUCAUAAGGUAUUCCAUUCACCUGUGGGAUCUGAACCAUGAGGGUACCUGGGAGAACAAGAGCUCAUAUAUCUACUACACAGACUUCAUCAUGGAGUUAGCCAUCCUCUGCCUAGACCUGAUGCAUCACAUCCAUAUGCUGCUCUUCGGGAACAUCUGGUUGUCCAUGGCUAGUCUUGUGAUCUUUAUGCAGCUGCGCUAUCUCUUUCACGAGGUGCAGAGAAGAAUUCGCCGCCAUAAAAACUACUUGCGUGUUAUUGACAAUAUGGAAUCCAGGUUUGCUGUGGCAACGCCUGACGAGCUGUUGGCUAAUAACGAUGACUGUGCCAUCUGCUGGGAUUCAAUGACAACAGCACGCAAGCUGCCCUGUGGCCAUCUUUUCCAUAAUUCCUGUCUGCGCUCUUGGCUGGAGCAGGACACUUCCUGUCCCACGUGCCGUAUGUCACUAAACAUUAAUGAAGGUGGUAGAGAGAGAGAAGAGGGCCAGAGAGAGCCGCUGGAUGACAACAUAGCUGCUGGGCCAGGAACAGAGGCCCGACCUCACCUCAACCAGCAUAACCACUUCUUCCACUUUGAUGGAUCCCGCAUUGCCAGUUGGCUGCCAAGUUUCUCUGUGGAGGUCAUGCACACCACCAACAUCCUUGGUAUCGCACAGGCCAACAACUCGCAGCUCAAUGCCAUGGCCCAUCAGAUCCAGGAAAUGUUUCCGCAGGUUCCUUACCAUCUGAUCCUGCAGGAUUUGCAGCUCACACGCUCCGUAGAGGUCACCACCGAUAACAUCCUGGAGGGCAGGAUACAGGUGCCUUUCCCAACACAGCCUGUGGAGCGCACACCCAUACAGUUAAAUACCGCUUCGGAAGAGUCAGCGGGUGCCAGCAGCAGUUCAGAGGUCGCUGCCCCUGAGGCAGAAGACUUUGAGGUGCGGGGAAGCCGCUUUUCCAAGUCCGCAGAUGAGAGACAGAGAAUGCUAAUGCAGAGGAAGGAGGAGCUGCUCCAAAGAGCUCGCAGACGUUAUCUACACAAGAAACCUGAUGAAGGAGACAUGUUUUCUGCUGCUGCUAUCGAUAAUGAUGAUGCCAUGCCCUCCACAGAGGAUGAAGACUCAGAUUCAGUGACCUUGAGGCGCAGAAGACUGGCGGCCGCUGCCGAGAGACGCAUGCAGAGGCAGGAGCCUCCCCCAUUUUGAGUCGAGCGAAAACAUGCAUGAUGCGCCUGUGGUACAGCCAUGCCGUCAUACAAUUUUGGGCUGAUCCAUGCACAUUUGUGCUAGAUGCAACUAUAUAUGUACCCAUCAACAUUUCAUUGUCCAUUAAAAUAACAUACGGUGUCAUCGCUGCACCAGUGAAUUAUAGUUUUGGCAAGCAUCAAAUAAAAGAAAAAGACAGUCAUUUUUUAAACCUAAACAAGAGCAUAGCUUUUUGGUUCCUGAGUUUGAAUUUGUUUCACUUUACGACUGCUGCAUUUCUUAAACGUCUUUGUACGAAUCAGACAAUUUUAACUAUUACGUCGCGUACCAACAGUUUGACUCUAGAGCUUAAGCAGCAAACGUCAUGUUGGGGUUGAUCUGCAUUGUGAAUUUCAAGUUUCUCACGCUACACGAUGUUGCGGCUGUUUAGCAUUUGAAUAUGCCUCGAUUUGGCUCAUAUGCUUACAAUUACAAAGUCUCCGAGACCAUUUUAAAGGAAAGUGGCAUAGAUCCCAAUGUCUGUCCUUGCAAUGUUGUGACAACUAAUUGCUCUGCGUCACAAAAGGUGUUCAUUUAGACAGUUGAUCUUGUUUCUCUAGUGUUGUCAUUUAAAACAGACAUCCUUUAUAUUUAAUUUAUCUCACGUUCUGAACUUGUACUUGUGAGGAAAUGUUUUCUCUCCUCUGUUUUGUGCUAGAGUGUAGGAGAAGCAUACGGACUUAGGUUAGAUGCUAUAUUUAAUUAAGAUAAAGUCUGUUCAACGUUGUCACGUUUUAAUUUUCAUAAAUUUUCGGUUCAAAUUAAAUGGAGCAUCUACCCUGACUAAGGUUUUUUUCAUUGAGUUAUUGAAACAUAACACACAAUUAUGGUCAAUAGGUCAGUUUUAUAGCUUUUUCGUCAGCGUUUUAUUGUUUGUAUUUGAAUGGUUUUAAAGACUUUUAUUACUCAGCGUACUAAUGCCUAUAAAUGCUUGUUUUUUACUGACCCAUAACAUUCGUAAUGCAUUUUCACAGGAUAAUUUGGCAUGGAUGCUGCAGAGCAAUUCAUAAUCUUGCAUGUUGAGUUUGAAGUGAACAAGCUUUUCAUGUAAAAGCAUGUGACUUUUAAUUUGCAUUUGCCUUUUGUUAAUCUACCGUAAUCUCAAAUUCAACAUCAUGGCCACUUACACAAGAACUUAAUGGCUUAUAGCCUGUUUGUCGACCUCAAAAAAGAAGUACAUCUUCGAAUUGUCUGAUGUUUUACACUGUGAAUCUAUUCUAUUAAAUAUUUUUAGCAUUUGCACAUGGAUGUUUUGAUCUUUUUUUUUCCUCUUGUUUAACCGUACAUGUGGACGUCUUUUUCUAUGCAUGAAAUCACAUGACUCUUUGUGUUCAUGUUUGUUUCCUGAUCGAUUUCCCAAAGACUCUCCUAGUGAUUUAUUUUAAUAAAGCUGGUUAUUGUGAUGUAAUGACCGCAGGUCAAUGUAGAAUAUGUUUGUUUCGGUAGCACAGAUGCACCUUUCAACAGUAUUUCUUUAAAACUGUAUUAAUGAAAUAUCCACUGGAAUGAUUCAGAUACUAAUAUGUAGUUUGAUGGGUGGUCAGGAAACCAGAGGGAAGCGUUGGAUUGCUUUAUGUACACAAUUCAUUCAUUUGUGCCUCAAAUCUACAGUGGAUCAAUAAUAGUUUGAUUUGUGUAAAUACUUUUGUAAUAAAGAUUGUAAAAUACAUGUGAAAUUACCCUGUACAAAAUAAAAGUCACAGCUGCUUUAGAAGCUUUUACCCACA